GGCGCGUGCGGCGCUCGCGUGCGGUAGCUUUGCUUGGUUCUACAGCAAUUCAUCGUUCGCACGCCGUCAGGAGUUCUAUUUGAUCUGCAACUUUUUGAGGGGGGAAAAUGGAUAAUGUACGCUACUUACUUGAACACUUAUCCCUCAGCCUGAAGAACCGAGCCACCAAUCAUGAUGGGAACUCUUACUGCUAUGCACCAGACUUUCCGACCACGACUACAGCAGACCCACCUCGACAACACGAUGUCGCACAAACAGCACUUGAAGCAACCCAGACAGGUGACAGAGAAAGGGUACAAGGGACACGGGAAGAAAAUGUGCGGUGGACUGCGCCGCAGACAGUUCAAGGAGGUAGUCGAUGGGUUGAUCAAGGUAUAACACAAGGAACAGAGCAGAGCGCCGCACGGGGCAUAGUUGAAGAAAGGAGUUCGCAGUGGGUGGAUCUUAACCUGAUUCGUGGCGAUACCGAGGACACUACUCAAAAUGUUGCUAACUGGGUCGUGAUUGAUGGUAGCCAAUGGGAUGGACAAGAACACGUGGAAGCGGUUAAUCUGAUGGCGUACGCGGCUCCUGCGGGAACUGGUCGGAAGGUUCCGUGUUGGCCUGAGCAGAACGCUAGCAAAUGGGACAGACAAGAGCACGCGCAAGUGGCUAGCCAAAAUAUGUACGUGGAUGCUGAAGGAACCGCUCAAAAUACUGCAUACAUGCAAGCAGCAGACCGAACACCGAACACGACUGCUCAAGAAAUUGCUCGAGAUGAUGCACAGUGGACUCCACAGAGGGCUGGGCCAUGGAGCAGUGAACAGCACGUGCAAUCAGCUAAUCCAGAAAUGUACGUAAGUGCAGUAGAUAAUGCUCAAGAGGCUGUGCGGCGUUUGCCCAUACAAUUUGGUAACCAAUGGAGUGACGAAAAGCAUCUGGAAGAGAAGGCGUGCGCGACUUGGUACCCAGAGUACUACCCAAGGGACAGCGAAAAACAAUUUGCUCACUUGGCAAGCCCAACUUACGAAGCUGUGCAGGAACCACGGCCUGCGUGCAGCCCUGUUCAACAGCUCCACCACCUUCAACCGGGAGGUUCAGAGGAACCAAUCAGACCGCCGCCUGCCCUGUCGGAGAAAUCCACAUCGAAAUUAGUACAAAGAAAGCACGCGAUUCUGGUGAAGGGACUCAUGUUCAUGACUGUCGCGGCGUUGUGUAUGCUGCUUUUGUUCUUCGUACAAACUCAAGCCACCGCGAAAAAAGCAUUCUUGCUGGCCACGACUGAGAUCCUGUACGAAGAUUACGAAAAAUAUGUGUUGCCGGGACGAAGAAUCGCAAGUAAAAAAAGGAAUAGAACUGGCGCUACAAAUAAGAUUGUGACCGCAUUGAAGUCGAGAGUAACCACUCCCGCAGUCAGCGCCAUUGACAAUUCGGAAAACAAGGAAGCGAAACUUCCUCGGAGCAACGAAGAAGCAAUUGUCGACUAUCGCUGCCAUCCGUUCUACACCACUUACUGCAGCCCCGAAAGAAUCAAAUUCUACUUCAAAGCGAACACUCGGGAGUGUGCAAUCGCCGGACGCGACAGCGGGUCGGUCGAUGUCUGUAACCAUAGCCCUAACAAAUUCAGAACCCUGGAAGGCUGUGUCAGAAGUUGCCUCUCCCCGAAGAUCCCCUUUGCGCAGUGUUCCUUGCCUGCUAAAUUCACCGCCUGCACCCAGCAGUAUGUGCGCCGGAAGUGGUGGUACUACGACGAAGGGCGCUGUCAACAGUGGACAUUCAGGACGGGAGAAUGCCCGCUCACAAGUAGAGCAUACAGCACACUGCAGGACUGCGUCGGGAACUGCUCAUCUGUAGAUGCGAGAAGCAGCUGCCGCAUGCCCAGCGGUAAGCUGUGCGCACCUCACGAGCUCAAGUAUCCGUAUUUCGCUGUCAAGCAAGAGGAUGGUACUUUCCGCUGCGAGGUGUCUGACUUCCGGACUUUGCAUAACCACAAUUGCCUCAUUGGGCCGAACCAGUUUGCUACCAGCAUGGACUGCGAACGGGCCUGCGGUUCGCAACCAAUCUAUAAUACUGACCUUGUCUGAUCACUGCCCUUGUGUAUAUGACAUUAGAUACAGUCCGGCAUGAAAGGGCCAGACAUUUCUAAGUUGGUCCUAGAGUUGAAUAAAUUAGCGCGCUUAGAGUUU